CAGUGUUUAGUAACUUUAGGUAAUUUUGGCCAACAAUUUAGCUUGCCGCUUUCGUUUGUAUUUCUCAUUCAUUUUUAUGACCUGACCGUGAAAUCAAUAAGCAUAAAAUAUUUAAAUCCGCGCGGUGGCAAGUGCGUCAUCAUUGAAUUCAGUGAUUUAGCAUGACGGAAUUUACGGAAAUCUUGCCCCACAAGGGCCUAAUGGAUGGAAUUGCGUCGGGAGUUGGGGUUCCCGUGGAGGCACUUCGAUUGCUUCUAACCAUUGUUUCCGGUUAUCCCUUGGCAGCAUUUUAUCUAAAAUUUAUUGCCAUUAUUGCCGAUAAGAACGUGCAUCACAUGUUCUUUGCCGGAUGUGGCGCUGGAUUAUGUUACUUCAACUACGGUUACAACACAUAUCACUCCCUGGUGGCCAUCCUGACCACCUAUUUCCUCGUACUCGUCCUGCGGAAAAAAGCACAAAUAUUUCUGACCCUAAACUUCGUAUUCCAUAUGAGUUAUCUGCUGCUGGGUUACUACUUCACCUCCAGCAAUGAGUACGAUAUUCUGUGGACGAUGCCCCAUUGCAUUUUGGUACUCCGAAUGAUUGGCUAUGGUUUUGAUAUAACUGAUGGACUGAAAAACGAAACGGAAUUGUCUAAAGACCAGAAGGAAACUGCAUUGAAGGAAACACCUUCGCUGCUGGAACUCUUGGCUUUUGCUUAUUUUCCCAGUGGAUUUUUGGUGGGACCCCAGUUUCCCUUUAGCCGAUACCAGUCUUUUAUUAAUGGUCAGUUCCGCCAGCACGAAGGGAGCUUGGAGGCUGGCGUUCGUCGCUUUGGAGCUGGCGCCUUCUACCUGAUCGUGUGUCAAGUGGGAUUGAGAUAUUUCCCCGAUUCGUACUUCCUUACCCCGGAGUUUGCAGAGGUUUCGUUCAUUAAGAGGAUUUAUUUCUUAGGCUUCUGGGCCAAAUUCAGUCUAUACAAAUACAUAUCCUGCUGGCUGCUCACCGAGGGAGCCCUCAUCUGCAUCGGAUUAACCUACAAAGGCGAGGACAAGAAUGGACAACCAGAUUGGUCGGGCUGCAGCAAUGUAAAGCUAAUGCUCCUGGAGACUGGGAACACCAUGGAGCACUACGUACACAGCUUCAAUGUAAACACAAAUCAAUGGGUGGGACAGUACAUCUACAAGCGACUCAAGUUCCUUAACAAUCGAACGAUCAGCUAUGGCGCGGCUUUGGGUUUCCUGGCUAUCUGGCACGGAUAUCAUAGUGGCUAUUAUAUGACCUUCCUUAUGGAAUACAUGGUCGUAAGCACCGAGAAACAGAUAACACGUUUCUACACCAAAGUCGUUCUGCCCAAGUGGGGCCACAUCCUCAACAACUCUGACAUCUACAAGCUGCUAUACUUCAUUACUCUGAAAUCGUAUAACAUAGUUUACAUGGGCUGGUGUCUGACGGCAUUUGUUUUCCUGAAAUGGGAGCGAUGGAUCGUGGUUUACGGAGCGGUUAGCUACUACGGAUUCAUUUACCUGAUCCUCUGGGCCAUCUUCUAUCACACCUAUCAUUACUUUUUCCGGAUCAGUUCCCGAAAGGAAGCGGGCGAGGUUGAAAAGUUAGAAAACAAGAGCACGGAAAAAGUUACAGAGGAGAAGAAACCCGAAGACAAAAAGUCUGAGUAGUAGGAAAGGGAAAUGGGAGAGAAAAUAACUGGCAGCAAGUAUUCAAAAUUUUAGUUUCACCUUGAGAAUUGUUUAGGAUUGGUAUUAAUCAAAGAAUCGAAUUAUUUUUACUAACCAAAUACGGAGUUUUACCAAAUAACAUGCCACUGUAAUUAGAGAUUUGUUAACUAGCUAUUGAAAAGCAAUUUUAUACAUAUAUAUAUCGUCUGCCUAGUCAAGGAGGAGUCAUCCCCAAGUAUGCAGUGUGUUUUUUUCGGCGAUAAGAUAUUUAGCUUAUCUUACCCAAAUAAAAACACAUUGUCAGUCUUAUAUAUAUUAUGGAACUUUAAAUUGUUUAAGUGUUAAAAGCCGUUUAGUUCAACUAGAAACUAGACAGAUCACACAAGACUUUAGCAAGACAAGACCGUGUCUAUGAAAAUCAAACCACUUCUGUAAACGAUUUCUUGUAAUGGAAAAGGGAGCAUUCGAGACUUAACUAAGCCGUAAAGACAGUUUUAUACAAAUACAAAGAUGAUGCAAAGAUAUAUUUUGAUAUGCUCAAGCUAAGUGCAAAUUACAGUGACGAAAAUGCGAAAUAAAUGCAAUGGAAUUAUUUUUAAU